UCUGUCAUAUGCUUAACCACAGUAGCACAUGGAUCCUCUAGUGACGAGAGGAAAUUCAAUAAUUACAACGUUGUCAUUACUACUAUUGUUAUCAAUAUAUAUUUAUAGCAUCUAGAUUUUGGUAAUCAAACACGUUGUAAAAUUAAUAAUCGUACCGGAGUUAAAGAAGGAGAAAGAGAUAUAGCAAUGUACUGCUAGUUAUACCCAUAACCAAAGUAUUAAUUUUUAAAUGUCAAAGGAAGCUUAUAAUUGCUAAUGUCAUAAUAUUAGUUUCAGAUACAUAUAUUCACUUAAUAUACCAACAAGAUGAAGCGUGCACGGAUAAAAGCUAUGGUUACAGUUCCAGCCCGACGAAAAACAACACAAGAUGCACCUAUUACAGAAAGUGUUGAUGUAACUGAAUGCAAUGAAAAAAAUAAAGAUACAUGUGAUAAUAUUUGUAAAGUAUCUCAAGAAACAACACAAAAUAAUGUUGAAAAGAAUCAAAUUCAAGAAAGUUUGGUAGUGGAAGAUGCAGAAAAGGAACAUAUUAUAGAAAAAAAUGAUUCUAUACAAAGUUCUGAAAAUGAACAAAAAUAUGAACACAAAACUGAAUAUAAAAAUGAACAUAAAAACGAGUAUAAAAAUGAACAUAAAAACGAACAUAAAAAUGAACAUAAAGAUUCUGCACAAACUUUUGAUGAAUCAAGAAAAGAGACUAUACAAUCAUCAGAAACUUCAAAUACAAUACAAAUUAGUUCUCCUAUAAAAUCAACACAAAAUCGCUUGGGUUUCAUGAGACCCACUCCUAAAUUAGACAGUGGAGGUAGGGUAAGAAGAAACAGCAUACAAGGAAGUGGAGCAAGUGCAAGUGAAUCUGAAGAUGAUAGUAGAAGAACAACUAGCACCCUUAACAAUAAUAUGAAAAAUGAUUCAGUUCAAUCAACUCAAAAUACUAAAGAUACUGCUGUUAAUAAUACCAAGAAUAAUUUAAUGAAAUCUAAAGCAGGUCAAAAGAGACGUAUGUUAGUUUCAGAAUCUGCAAGAAAAUUAGCAGAAGCUAGGAGAGAAUUUCAUUUAAAACAUGAAAAUAAAGCUCCAGAUAGAAGUAAACUUACAAUGUAUGAUUUAAUAUACUACAAUCCUGUUAGUAACCCUAUGAAAAAAUCCAAAGAAUCAGGAACAGCAGCAAAAAAAGUAUUAGAAUACCAACCUGAUGAACAAGAAGAAGAAGAAGAAAAUGAAGAUGAUCCAUCAUCUGCAAUGCCUGUACCCCAAGUAAAAGUUGGGCCAAAUGGUGAAUUAAUAAUAGAUGAACAAAGUCUUGUUAUAGAACAAACAAAUGCAAAGAAAAAUAGAGAGGUAUUAGCAAAAGAAGCUAUCGUUGAUGAUGAUAAUAAUGGAAACGGAUUUUAUAAAAAACGCCAAAAGAGUAAAGAUUGGCCAAAAUGGGAAACUUUAAAAUUUUAUAAAGCAUUAAAUACAGUUGGUACAGAUUUUUUAUUGAUGCAAAGUCUUUUUCCAAAUAGAACAAGACAAGAAAUUAAAAUAAAAUUUAAAAAAGAAGAAAAAGUAAAUAGGAAUUUGGUUGAAAAAGCGCUUGCAAACCAUCAAGAAUUUGAUACUGAAAUUUUGGAAAAAUCAUUAGCUACUUUUGAAAAUUCAGAGAAAGAACAAGUUAAUAUAUUAGAAAGACGAAAACAACAAAGAUCAAAAAAUAAAAGAGGCAUGACCUCUGAUAGGAAGCGACGAAUCAGAAUUGUAGCAUCCAGCAUUGCAGAAAUGGAUGCUUCAGACAAAGAUAUGAGUUCGCUAGAUACAAUGCAAAAAGAGAAUACAGAAGUAAGUAAUGAAUGCUAUCAAUCUUUAAAUGAAGCAAAUAAAAGAGGAUGUAAAAGACCAAAAGAUGAUAAAUCUUUAGAUGAAGCAGAUGAUGUAGAAACAGUAAGUGUGUGUAGUGAGUAUGAUAGUGAUACAGAGAUUUAUCGUGUGAGACCAACAAGAUCUGGAAGGCUUCCAAAAAUAAAAAAACUACAGGGGCCAGAUAUAAAUACUCUGGACAGUGAAAGAUCUAAUCAUUGUUCUAAUAGCGAUACAGAAGUUUCGGAAAAUUUAAUUCCAGACAGUACUGCUUUUAAAUCAGAAACUCAAUAUACAGAUCCUAUUAAAACAGUUAUACCGAGUAUCAGUCAUGUAGAACCAGGAUCUUUAGUAAUUCUAUCUAAAGAAUCGCCAGAAGAACCCGGUAAAAAUGUUUUACAAGUUUACAUGGUUAGCUCUAAUGUUAAUUCGGAAACUUCUGAACAAUCUAAUAUCACGCCUAUAAAUUUAUCACCAGAACUAUUAGCAACUGUUACUACCAAAUUGUCAGACGCAGAAUCGAUUGCAGUAAAAACAGAACAUGAGUAAUUCAUUUAAAAAUAUUUAAUACUAGUUAGAUUAUCAAUUAGCUGUAAAUACCCACAUAUAUAUACGAUCAAAGAAGCAUUUCUUCAACGUGAUAAUUAAUAUUUGUUUAAAUAUUAAAGUACAACUAAGUUAUUAAACUUUAUACAAAAAUCUUCCAAUUAAGAUACUUACUUCAUAAUUAUGUUAUUUUUUAAUAAAGAAUAAUAAUUCCGUUUAAACAUG